AGUCAGGAGCUCGUGCCCCGAGCAGCUUCGCCACUUUCUCACGGAGCAGCGCGCGCGCAACACGGAGAGCGUCCGCGUGCCGCUCAACUCCGGCUUCAACUUUAUCUCUCAGUCUCGCGCCAACUUCAGCGUGUCUCGAGCGCCACGUUUCACCAGGGCUGGAUUUUACACGCGCCGCCACAUGAGCUGGACGACAGAGGAGAAGCAGAAGAAGCAGCAGCAGCGCAGCAGCAGAAGGAGCAGAAGCACGAAGCUCAGGUGCUCCUGCCACUCGUAGGAGGAGGAGGAACAGAGAGAAAUCGGGCAGAGAGUGAGCAAGAGAGGAGAAAGAGAGAGAAAGAGAGAGAGAGAGCGCAAUCUGGCUGGAUUUGACUUUGCUUCUCGUCGUUUGGACUCAGGCUUCAGCAGAGCUUCCAGCGUUCCCAGGAGUUCGUUUUCUGGACGUUUGUGGAGCUGAAGUUGGUGCACCAUGCUGUCGGACGGUCUCUGGGUGGUCCGGGGCCUCCUGUUGCUGUAUGUGCUGGUCCCUACUUCGGCCAACGACACACUCUCAGCCCCCCGUGUCUUCCUCUCCUUUAAAGAGCUGAGGUCCACAGGAACGGCUCAUCAUUUCUCCUUCCUGCUCAACACGUCUGAUUACCGGAUCCUGCGCAUGGACGAGGAUCAUGACCGCAUGUACGUGGGCAGCAAGGACUACAUCCUGUCCCUCGACCUGCACGACAUCAACCACGAGCCGCUCAUUAUCCACUGGCCAGUUUCUCUGCAGAGGAAGACUGAGUGUGUUUUAAGUGGUAAAGACACAAAUGGUGAGUGCGGUAAUUUUAUCCGUCUGAUCGAGCCGUGGAACCGAACUCACCUGUAUGUGUGUGGAACCGGAGCGUAUAACCCAGUCUGCACCUACAUCAAUAGAGGACGCAAACCCAUGACACCGUUGCACCUGCAGACGCCCCUGGCCAGAGGGAGGGCGAGCCGGGCGGCCGAGCUCGAGACUGUGACUGAUGAGACAGGACUACAGGAGUAUGUCUUCCACUUGGAGCCAGGCAGAGAGGAUUCUGGGAAAGGAAAGUGCCCAUAUGACCCAAAGCUGAACAGCGUCUCUGCUCUGAUUAAUGGAGAACUCUAUGCGGGCGUCUACAUUGACUUCAUGGGAACGGACUCAGCCAUUUUCCGAACGCUGGGGAAAAACACGGUCAUGCGCACGGACCAGUAUAACUCCAGAUGGUUGAACGAUCCCACGUUCGUCCACGUGCACCUCAUCCCAGACAGUGCCGAAAAGAAUGAUGACAAGCUCUACUUUUUCUUUAGAGAGAAGUCACUGGAAAUGGGCCAGAGCCCCAAAUCAGAGUCCCGUAUUGGGCGGAUCUGCUUGAAUGAUGAUGGGGGUCACUGCUGUCUGGUGAAUAAGUGGAGCACCUUCCUCAAAGCCCGUCUGAUCUGCUCUGUCCCAGGGGCUGAUGGGAUAGAAACACACUUUGAUGAGCUCCGAGACGUGUACAUACAGCCCACGCAGGACACCAAGAAUCCGGUCAUCUACGGGGUCUUUUCCGUCUCUGGGUCAGUGUUUAAAGGGUCAGCGGUUUGCGUGUACUCCAUGGCGGACAUUCGGAUGGUGUUUAACGGACCAUUUUCUCACAAAGAGGGACCCAACUACCAGUGGGUGGCCUACACAGGCAAAAUCCCAUAUCCUCGGCCAGGAACGUGUCCUGGAGGAACCUUCACCCCCAACAUGAAGUCCACCAAGGACUACCCUGACGAGGUCAUUAACUUCAUGCGCAACCAUCCCACCAUGUACAACGCUGUUUACCCUGUGCACAAGCGGCCCCUUGUGGUCAGGACAAACGUGGAUUAUGAGUUCACCACCAUCACUGUAGACCAGGUGACGGCCGCCGACGGCAACUACGAGGUGCUGUUCCUGGGCACAGAUAAAGGGACGGUGCAGAAGGUCAUCGUUCUGCCCAGAGACGACCUGCAGACGGAGGAGCUGGUCUUGGAGGAGGUCGAGGUCUUCAAGGUACCGACUCCUAUAACAACUAUGAAGAUUUCGUCUAAAAGGCAACAGCUGUACGUGGCAUCGGUGGUGGGCGUGACCCAGCUGGCCCUGCACAGAUGUGACGUGUAUGGCGAGGCAUGUGCUGACUGCUGCCUGGCCCGAGACCCCUACUGCGCCUGGGAUGGCAAGUCCUGCUCACGAUACUCCGCCUCGCACAAGAGGCUGCCUUUUAGGCGUAGCCGGAGACAGGACGUCAAAUACGGGAACCCCAUACGGCAGUGUCGGGGGUACAAUUCCAACGCCAAUAAGAACACUCUGGAGACGGUGCAGUACGGGGUGGAGAGCAGCAGCACCUUCCUGGAGUGCCAGGCCAGAUCUCCACACGCAGCUAUUAAAUGGCACCUGCACAGAGACAACAGUGACCGCAGGAGAGAGGUUCGUUCAGACGGACGAGUGCUGAAGACAGAUCAGGGUCUGCUGCUUCGCUCGCUGCAGCCGUCCGACUCGGGCACCUACGUUUGCACAGCGACGGAGAAGAACUUCAAACACACACUGGUCAAGCUGCAGCUGGUGGUGCUGUCCAGCCAGGCGGUCAACAACGUCCUGGUGGAGACGGGGCGGCCUUCUCCUUCCAACCUGCAGGCCAGCGCAUGGACGCCCAGCACCGGACAGUACAAGGACCUGUUGACCAUCCUGAGCCAACCGGAGAUGGGCCUGAUCAACCAGUACUGUCAGGACUACUGGCAGCUGGGAGACCAAACAAGCAGCAGCUUCAAACCCAAAGACCUCAAAGAGCUCAAAGAGCAGAAAAAGCCACGCAACCGCCGGCAUCACGGCGAGGAGGAGGAGGACGAGGAGGAGACAUGAGGGGGCGUGGCCAAACAAGGCCCCAGUAAAC